AUGCGUAGUCGUGUUGUCCCCUCAGAAAGUGAGAUAUUAUCCAUUGAUUCACACAGUUUCAGGUUACUUACUGGUCAUUUUACAAAAUCAAGAAAACUGUUGGAACAUGCAUUCAGACUAGAUCCGGACAAUGUGGAUGUUUUGAUUGCGCUGGGUGAAUCGAUAGAAAGUUCUUAUUACUAUGAAAAAUCCACUUCGCGUGCCGCUAUUCCGUUGACGAAAUCGUUGACCCCUGUCUAUGGCCAAGUCAAAGACAAUGAUGCGGAUGGUCUAAUCUUGACUGCUGAACAUUUCUACACAAAGGCACUAAUUGUUGAUCCCAGUGUUUCUAAAGCUUGUUUACACAGAGAACGUCUGAUGCCGAUUGUGGAGGAAGUAGACCAGCGAAUUCUCAAUGCAAUCGACUUUAAAGUUCGUCAGUUUUACCAUAUUCCGGAAGGUGAUCCGGGUUUGCGUCGUGCUAAAGUCGAACACUAUUUCAAGCAUGUCUAUCAUUCAAAUGCUAUUGAAGGCAAUACACUCACAUUAGCUCAAACUCGAUCAAUUUUGGAAACACGAUUGGCUGUUGGUGGAAAAAGCCUUUUGGAGCAAAAUGAAGUCCUUGGUAUGGAUUCAGCUCUCAGAUAUAUUAACAACACUCUUCUACAUGGAAAUUUGACGGCUAUAACACUGGAAAAUGUGUUGGAAUUACACCGUAGACUCCUGUCGUUUGUAGAUUUGAGGGAAGCUGGAAGGUUACGACGUUCUCAGGUUUUUGUAGCUGAUCACCACCCACCACCUCCAUCUAGUGUACUUGAUCUAAUGUUGGAAUUAAUUAAUUGGUUAAGUUCUGACGAAAUAACCGAUAUGCAUCCAAUUGAAUUAGCUGCGCUAACACAUUGGAAAUUAGUGUUUAUUCAUCCAUUUUAUGAUGGAAAUGGACGUACUGCUCGACUUCUUAUGAAUUUGAUUUUAAUGCGUUCUGGUUUACCUCCAGCUAUUAUUAAAAUAGAAGAUCGUGUUACUUAUUAUGAAUUAUUAAAAACGGCAAAUGAUGGAGACGUACGUCCGUUUAUUCGUUUCAUAGCGAAAUGUACAGAGCGAACACUUGACGAGUAUUUAGAAGCAGCUUUGAUCAAACAUCAAGUUGCUCGAAUUCCAGUUGAAAGUGCAUUAAUGAACGAUGAAAAAGAAUCAAGUUCAGUAACAUCAUCGGCUGUUGAUAAAUUGAAAUCUUCAAGUUCACCAUCACCAUCAUUAUCAUCAACUUACAAUGUGCAAUAUCCACCACCGUCACAUGCCGUUCGUCCUUAUCCAUCGAAACUUACAUAUUUUGCUGAUCCGAAAGAUUCAACCAUCCAGUUAGCUUUACCACCGAAUAUAAUUUAUGCUGCAGGUGGUUAAUUUUGCCAUUUUAUGGAGAAGAAGAAGUUAGGGAUGGUUAUAUUGCUACCGAUCAGUUAACAGUAAAUUAUUAUAAUAAUAAUAAUGAUAUUUGAUCAUGAAUCCUACUUUGUAACUUAUUUACGUAUCCAUGUUUUUUU